AUGAAUUUUCGUUUUUUAAUUCUUCUAAUAACAAUAACAUUUGCUUAUGACAAAGUCAAAGCUGAGUCAUAAACUGAGAAAAGCAUCACCUUAGAAGAUGAGACUCUAAUUCAAGACAUCAAAUUUUCAGAAGCUUUUUUGGAGGCCCCUGUCAUCUACAUUACCUUAACUAAGCUAUCAAUGGCUGGUUAGAAAUAUGGGUUUGAAAUUGAUAUAACAGAUGUGAAUACUAAAGGGUUCAAAUUAAUUUAUAGGAAAUACAUCAAUGAUCCAAUAACUCUACAGGUUUAAUGGCUAGCAAUUUUUGAUCCAAGAGUUGAAGUGGCUUAUUAUACAUCUUUCAAAUAAUAACUGAUUGUUCCUGUUUACGAGGAUAAUUUUGCAUACUCAAUCAUAGGUUUGUAAGGUAGUUCUAGUCAAGUUGGAAUCUAAGUAGAAAAGAUCGAUAAUGGAAAUGCAUAUUUGUAAGUCACAAAUUCUGUCAAAAUGAUAAAGUUGUGUAUUAUAUCUGGGUCAAAACAUGCUUUGUAUCCUAAAUUUAUUCCUUUUUCUGUGUCUAAUAAUCAUCCUUGGCUUAAAGAACAGAAAGGCAAAGCAUUUAUUAAUUUUUCAUAUGAUCUGAAUGUAAAUUAACCAAUUUUGAUUGGUGGUAUUACUGAAUUUCUAUUCAAGAGUUAAUCAAUCAAGAUCCAAUUACAAAACCUAAAAUAUGAUGACAAAGUAUUAGCAGAAAUUGGAACUUGGAACGAUGCACAAUUAGUAUAAGCCUAAGUUUCAAUUUUGGCUUAUAUCAUAGAUGAAGAUUUGAUAAUAUCAGAUAAGAAUUGUGUUGAGUUGUUUGAGUAAUGCUACUUUUAGGGUAAAAGCACUAAAAUUUGUAAAGAAGGAGAUGCAUAAAGUUUGGAAAAAGAAUUUAAAUUCAGAAGCUUUAUCGUUCCUAGAUACAAACAAUUUGAACUUGCUAACAAUAAAGAUGUCCAAUAAUUAAUGGGAAUAGAAUCCUGUGUUGAUGAAAUUAUAUUGAAAUGA